AUGGACCACCAAAACUUCGCAUCCCAACAAGCUUCCACGGCUGCCGCCCGCCGCGAAGCACAGCAAGGCGAAGACUCCCUCUCACCACUCGAACAAGAAGUGCUAGACGAGUACGCCAAACUAGUCGGAAAUUUGGACGACCUUGGCGCAGUUCUCGCGGAUCUAGCAGCGAACCCUUCGGCGGAGAUUCUGGAUUCGUUGAGGGGUUUGGAGAGGAAGACGACGACUGUGUUUACGCUAUUGAAAGCGAGUGUGUAUUCGAUUGUGCUGCAGCAGGAGAUUGCUGAUGCUGAUGGGUCGUGA